UUACUCCCUCCACUUUAAACCCAGCCUAACCAGAAACAUCCCCAAACUCGCCGAGCACUUUUUCCCCCGCCCUGCAUAACUCCGGCAGCGUCUCACGCUCCGAUCUCAAACCCUCCGCGCCUUGCUGAGGAGGAGGAGGAGGAGGAGGAGGAAGAGCAGCGGCAGAGCAGCGAGCGCGGAAGAUGGAGGUGUCCACGGACCAGCCGCGGUGGGUGAGCCACCACCACCCGGCCGUGCUCAAUGGGCAGCACCCGGACUCGCAUCACCCCACGCUUGGCCAUACCUACAUGGACCCCACGCAGUAUCCUCUCGCCGAGGAAGUGGAUGUACUUUUUAAUAUCGACGGACAAGGCAACCCCGUCCCGCCGUAUUACGGCAACUCCGUGAGAGCCACGGUGCAGAGAUACCCCACGGCCCACCACGGGAGCCAGGUGUGCCGCCCCCCGCUGCUGCACGGCUCGCUGCCCUGGCUGGACGGGAGCAAGGCGCUGAGCAGCCACCACAGCGCUUCCCCCUGGAACCUCAGCCCCUUCUCCAAGACCUCCAUCCAUCACAGCUCACCGGGACCCCUUUCCGUCUACCCGCCCGCCUCCUCUUCCACUUUAUCCGCCGGCCACUCCAGCCCGCACCUUUUCACCUUCCCGCCGACCCCUCCUAAAGAYGUGUCCCCGGAUCCGUCCAUCUCCACCCCCGGCUCCACCGGCUCCACCCGGCAGGACGAGAAGGAAUGCAUCAAAUACCAGGUGUCCCUGGCCGAUACCAUGAAGCUGGAGUCCUCUCACUCUCGGAGCAGCAUGGCCUCUUUAGGAGGAGCCACCUCCUCCGCUCAUCACCCCAUCACUACCUACCCACCGUAUGUCCCAGAAUAUGGCUCUGGACUUUUUCCCCCCAGUAGCCUCUUAGGAGGAUCGCCAACCGGGUUUGGGUGUAAAUCGCGACCAAAAGCAMGGUCAAGCACAGAAGGCAGGGAGUGUGUAAAUUGUGGGGCUACCUCAACCCCUCUGUGGAGAAGAGACGGCACUGGGCACUAUUUGUGUAACGCCUGUGGACUCUAUCACAAAAUGAACGGGCAGAACCGGCCCCUGAUCAAACCCAAGAGAAGACUGUCUGCAGCCAGGAGGGCGGGCACGUCCUGUGCAAACUGUCAGACCACCACUACCACCCUGUGGAGGAGAAAUGCCAACGGCGAUCCCGUCUGUAACGCCUGCGGGCUCUACUACAAGCUGCACAAUAUUAACAGACCCCUGACCAUGAAGAAAGAAGGAAUUCAGACCAGAAACCGAAAAAUGUCUAGCAAAUCCAAAAAGUGCAAAAAGGUCCAUGACAAYCUGGAAGACUUUCCCAAGAGCAGCUCCUUUAACCCCGCCGCCCUCUCCAGACACAUGUCCUCCAUCAGCCACAUUUCACCUUUCAGUCACUCCAGCCACAUGCUGACCACACCGACACCGAUGCAUCCUCCAUCCAGCCUCUCCUUCGGACCUCACCACCCUUCCAGCAUGGUCACUGCCAUGGGUUAGCAAGAGACUCCCCUGCUGAAUGCUUACGGUCUCAAAAUGAGAUUUACUUUAUAUACUACUUGCAUUUUUGCAGGCGUGUGGUUAUGGGUCUGACGUCCCGAAAUCGAAUGGGAGGGGGAAAAAAAAUUUAAAAGAAUAAAAAAAAAAAAAAAAAAAAAAAAAAAAAAGAGUUAUUUGAAGGCGUAAGAGAGAGCGAGAAAAAAAUUUAAAAAUGCAGAAAAAAACUACAAAAAGCACAAAAAAGGAAAAAAAAAGAAAAAAAGAGAAAAAAGUAAAAAAAAAAGUUUUAAAAAAGUGAUGUUUGCCACUUUUUAAAGGAACUCACUAUGGCGUCUAUGUAUUCUUACCCACUGAAUCUGGAUACCAUUUGUGAAUAAGCCAUUCAGAACUUGCAUUCCCUAUUGGACAGGAUCUCUAGUGCUGUGAAAAAAAUAAAAUAAAAUAAAAUAAAAAACGCUGAACAUUGCAUAUAACUUAUAUU